CGAAAGAGGGCGCUAUUCACAGGUGGGACUGCUUGAAAUUCAUCGCACAAAGUGAAAAUGGUGUCGUCGGAUGCUUUACUAUUUAUAUUUUCCCUGUUUGACAGCGCGUCACUUCUUUUCCUGGCCGUGUUCUUCAUAAUUACUCUUUCUGAUUUGGAAUGUGAUUACCUGAAUGCAACAUCAUGUUGUUCAAGGCUAAAUACAUGGGUCCUUCCAGAAAUAAUAGCGCAUACAAUUGUGCUUGUUUUACUGUUAUUCAACUUUCAUUGGAUAUUAUUCUGUGUAAAUCUACCAUUAGCAGCCUAUGAAAUCUACAGGUACAUCAACAUUCCUAGUGGCAAUACAGGUUUAUAUGAUCCAACUGAAAUCCAUAACAGAGGACAAUUAAAAUCAUAUAUGAAAGAAGCAAUGGUUAAACUAGCAUUUCAUCUUGUUUUCUUUUUUAUUUAUCUUUACAGUAUGAUUCUAGCUCUGCUCUCAAGAGAUUAAAAAUACUACAUUUAAGAAGACUGUUGCUGCUGCAUUGUGAAAAACACAAAAUGCUUUCACAUUGGAAAUGAUUGGGUCAGAAGAAGGCUGAUUUUCAAAGAGCAAAACUGAACAAAAGAUAAAAUAACUAACAUCGAAUCAUGCUGGCAACGAUAGACAGACCGUUGAUUCACUGCACUGUUCAUUAAUACACCUUGUAUUUCACCUAAACAUUUGUCCCGAGCAAUUUCACCUUAACCAUUCGUCCCUAGCAGUCUUACCUUAACCAUUCGUCCCUAGCAGUCUUACCUUAACCAUUCGUCCCUAGCAGUCUUACCUUAACCAUUCGUCCCUAGCAGUCUUACCUUAACCAUUCGUCCCUAGCAGUCUCUGAAUACCUUGUCGAUUUGCAAAACCUUCAUGUAUUUCAUAUUGAAAUCCUGCUGCAGUCUGCAUUUGGGUUUCAUCAUAUUCAUCACACAGUGAGUAAAUGUGUCCAUGUACAUCUUACUAGUUGAAUUGAUAUCGUUUUUACAAGAACAUGCUCAUAACAACCAUUUUUUAUUAGUGUCAGCAUCGAUAAUCAGAGUUGUAUAAAUAUUAGAUAUAAAUAAACACAGUGAAAUGAAAUAUAAUACCCGGUAUGUUUCAAGCAUAUUGUUCCAUUCACCAAGUCUAUGGGAAAAAGAAUUUUUUUUGUAUAGUAAAAUUAGUACAUGUACCUUGCUUGUAAAAUGAAUUAAAUUAGUUCUAGAGAAAUUUAUAUCAACUAAAAGUCCAACUCAAUCUUUGUAAUUUUAGAUAACUUAAGUGUUUUUUGACUUUUGAAAUAAAAUGUCUGAGAUUGA